CGCUCACUUCGGGGCGAACAAGUGGAAUCAUUGGCAACGGCGGUCGGCCAAUCGCGCGUCGACGUUGGCGACAUUGGCGAGGGCGCCAGCGGAAAUAAUCGAACCGUUGUCAUGGCGAUCGAGUGGGGAAGAUCAUCGCGAAGUCGCGGCGUGCAAAGGUGAAGAAAGAGAAAAAAGAUAUUCCCGCCGACUUCCUCGUAGCUUCCUCGUAAUCGCGAUCGUGAUUGUCGUCGAGUUAACCCCGGCCAAUCGUUUCCACAUGCGCGCAACAUGCGACAACUUGAUGGAAGCAACCGGCGAGACCAGUAGCCUAACGAACUCCGGGACUUUUCAACGAAAUGCACUUGUUAGAUGUCGGACAUCCCGUUUAAUCAAAUCGGUCUGUGGCAAAGUCCUCGUCAUCGAUCGAAGUCUAUAUUUCUUCUUUCCCGGCGCCACGUAGCACGGUUUUAUCAUGACGAUCAACCUUAUGUACAGAUCUCCGCCGUUGCGCAUCGUACCGAUGCGGUGGAUCAUCAGGAACAUCGCGGAAUACGGAUCUGAUCGUCGUUUCAUUGCAAGCGGGACACAGGCUACACACGUAACGGACACGCCGAACGUAUACCGGAUGGGGAUUGCCCCAUGUUCCAAGUAUUACAAGAGCGAUCUUCUGCGUGUCGAGACUAUUGAUGCGGCAAAGAGGCCAUGCACGGGACGUCCCACGUUAACCCCGCGUUUCCCAUCCGCUCAAGGUGUGGCGCUAAAGAAUCCGAAGAACGACCUUAGACGCGACCUCGCCUAGGAUCGACAAAAGUCACACGCACCCACAGUUUAGGUAUAACCGGAAUAGUAUACUUGGGAGGAAUCUGUAAAGAAUCUACAUUCCAGUUGUCAUACCGAUCCUACUAAUCGAUCGAUACAAUCUACGGCGUAAUAUGUGUAGCGUUGUAAUAUAUAUUAACUAUUUUUUAAAAAUAUCUUUUCAUAUGUGAAUCCAUAUUUUGCUAUUUAAAUUGUAUCUUUUGUAAAUUCUUUUAUGUAAAUUGUAAAUAACCAUAUGCAUAGAGAGUCUGUUACCUCAUAAAUAAUAGUAAUAAUGAUAUAAAAUGUAACGUAAUUAAUAAUUUAUCGACCUGUUAAUAGUCAA